AUGCUCAAGCUACAAGCAAGAGGCGCUACUCGUAGCACUAGCGUGCUACUCGUUGCGCAAGCGAGGGAGCUGAUGCCGCAGAGCAUUUACGGAGCUCUCCAUGCGCUAGCCACCAACACUUCUUUAGCGUACUGCUGCCUAGCAAUGCCACCUGCUGCAGCCUAG